AUUAACUAAAAGAAAACAAAUUCAAAUAUUAUGUCGGACAUGACAGACCUUGAAACAACCCUUUGCACAGAAGAUUUUACCCCCAUGAGGAAAGGUACUCUCAAUAUAAAUCUCUAGGCAUAUUUGUCGAACUCUUCCUACUCUACUUAAUUUAUAUGGUUAUUAGUAUUGCAUCAUACUAUUAACAUCCUGAGUAGGACACAUCUUAACCAGGUUAACAUAAUGAUGGAGCAGCUCCUCCAAAUCAAUCUUAAGUAAAUAUCUAAUAAUCCAUAUUGAGGCUAAACCCUCUUUUAUCAGCGUAGAAGCAUUGAAUAAAUUCUUCACUAUUUUUUUUGGAUAUCACAUUAUACCGAUCGGAAUGGCAUUAUUAUACUAACCUAGAAUUUUUUCAAUUGUAGUAUGUUAUUUACAUUUCGUUGGUACGGAAUUUGUUAUAAAUUAGCCUACAUUUUGAUUAUGGUUGCUCAUUAUAAAGAGAAAGAAUCCAUUUUGAAAAUAGCCUACACUGCAUCAGGGUUAUUUAAUAUACUUCUUAUCUUGGGAGCCAUAGUUGGAUUGUCACAAAUGGAAAAUGGUUGUCUUUGA